GUAAAGAUGGAGGCUGAACAGAAUGAAAGUCCACGGAACGACGAACCAAAUCAGGAUUUCAGAGUUCAAGUAACGUCAAAGAGGAAAGUAGCGGAGCUGAUUAAAAGAUUUAAAGAGAUUUUAUCUUCCGCUUUGGACGGACAGCCCGACAUUUCAGAGGAGACGAGGAGAAAUUUAUUGCAGGAUCUUUUGGACAACUUUGAAGCUGCUGUUCAGGUCAACGUGUUGGUGAAUGGACAGACUUGGGAGGAGGCUCCAGAUGUUGACACGGAGGCGAUUGAUCUGGAGAGUCUGAUGGAUGACAGCAUCGUAGAGACGACCAGACGGCGCCGUACCUACCCCACAAAGAUCCUCCCUCAUGUGGUGCACGCUCUCAAGGCUGAACGCAGAAUCAUGGGACUUUAUGAGCUCACGGUCAAACCCGAGGACUUUGUGAAAGAUGCAGAUCAAGAGAGCGUGAUGAGCGAAGUGUCAGCAGCUGCUCCUGCGGUGGUCCAACAGGCCAUCCAGAUUAUAAAGUCCAUCAGCAUCCUGCAGAAACAGGCUGAAGGUCUCUGUGAGGUCCUCAACACCAAGCCCAGCCUCGCCUCCCUGGAGAUCCACCAGGAGGUGCUGGGUCCCAGCAGCCAAUCACACGCUCUGCCUCCUGGCGCCAGAGUCAGGCAGCCAAUCAGGAGAGCCGUAGAGGAAACGACAACCACAGAAGGCUACGUUCCCCAGGCCAAGAAAACAGGGUGCAUCAUGGGAGAGGACGCGUCACGCACCGCAACAAGCUGCUGAGACGUGAAAAGGUUUGGCU